AUGUUCAAGUCCUACUUCACCCCUGGCAGGGCUGCUGCCCAGGAGAAUGGAAAGGAGCAGAACGAAAAGAAGGACACCAAAACCAAGAAGAACAAGAAGAGCAAAUCUUCUGACGCCAAGACCAAAGGAAGCUCCGGCAAUGAUGAUCCUUCAGAUGGUCACCUUGGCACGACCGUCUCAUACACUCCAGGCACAUCUACACCAAGAAGUCACCCUGGCUCGCGCCGGGCCUCGUUCUUAGCUGGCGAUGCCGACAGCCAGAUGGACGUACGAGCGGACAUCAUGUGCAACUGGCUCUACCAACAGCAACUGGAGAAGCAAUACGCAACCGGCAUGAUCCCCGGCGAGGGUGUCGUCGUCAAGAAGAGCAGAGAUAGCUAUGCUUGCUAUCCGCCUCAGCUGGCCGACAUGCCUGGUAGUCUGUACGACAUGUCGAUGGCCCUCAACGUCCGCUGCGCCAUGACCGUGAACACUCGCGUCAUUAGUGUCAUCAUGAGCUCCAGACGCCUCACACAGGACCACAUCCCUCUCACGAACGGACUACGCCUCCAAGUGCUUCACAGCCUGCGUGAUCUCCCAAAUUGCAAGAAGCACCACUUCGCCGCCUUCAUCGAAGACACACAGAUCCUUGUCGUCUGGGACGACCAGCCCAAAAGCUUGCUGCAACGUGUUGCCGACAUUGAAAAACAGCUGAUGAAGAUCAUAUGGGGCAGCACCGGCGACGAGGACGAGGACGAAGAGGACGACGAGAAGGACGAUGCUGACGUCACCGUCGAGCCAGUCGACCUGGAGAGUGGCGCCGGCAUCGAGAAACGUCGCAUUAUGCUCACGAGCCCCAUCAUUGUAGCGCUGACCCUCGCCCUCUGCAUAGUGUGCGCGGGCCUCGGUGUUCGUUACCUGGCUCUUGAAGUUGCGACUGACGGACAAUAUCUGCGCCUCGCUCUCGUGCUUGUCAUCCCGAUUCAGAUCUGGGUCGCCAUCUUCUUCUUCCAAUCCAUUGUCGGAAACUUGUUCCAGUGCGCCGGUCCCGUUGCCUCGGUGCUGCAGAACUCCAAGUUCUACAGCGGUGAAGCACCCCGUCGCCUGGACCGCGAUUACCACAACCUUCCUCAUGUCACGGUUCAGAUGCCUGUGUACAAGGAAGGGUUGAAAGGCGUCAUUGUUCCCACAAUCCGUUCUUUGAAGCAGUGUAUCUCUACGUACGAGAUGCAAGGUGGCACCGCCAAUAUCUUCGUCAAUGACGACGGCAUGCAGCUGAUUCCACCACACGAGGCGCAAGCACGCCGCGAAUUCUACGAGGAGAACAACAUCGGCUGGGUCGCUCGUCCCGAGCACGAUCCGGAAGGCAAGAAGGGCGCCACCUUUUUGCGUCGCGGAAAGUUCAAGAAGGCUUCCAACAUGAACUACGCCAUGAUGGUCAGCAACCGCGUCGAAGAUAUCCUCAAGUCGCAUGAGCGUCACGAGCACUGGGACCAGGAUGACGAGGAGAAGGCGUACAACGAGGCAUUCCAGCAGGUCCUUGCCGAGGACCAGGGCCGUACCUGGGCUGAAGGCAACAUUCGCAUCGGUGACUACAUUCUCAUCAUUGACUCGGACACUCGUGUUCCCAAGGAUUGCUUGUUGGACGCCGUUAGCGAGAUGGAGCAAUGCCCCGAGGUCGCCAUCCUACAAUACACCGCUGGUGUGCUCCGCGUCUCUACCUCGUUCUUUGAGGGAGGUGUCAAAUGGUUCACCGAUCUCAUCUACUCCGCCAUCUCAUUCGCCGUUGCCAAUGGUGACGCUCCUCCGUUCGUUGGCCACAAUGCGAUUCUGCGCUGGACUGCCAUCCAAGAUGCUGCUUCGUACCAAGACGAGGAUGGCUAUGAGAAGUUCUGGUCAGAGUCACACGUAUCGGAAGAUUUCGACAUGUCCCUGCGCGUCCAGGUGGCAGGCUACAUCACUCGUUUCGCUGCCUACACUGGUGAGGGUUUCAAGGAGGGCGUCUCGCUCACAGUCUAUGACGAGCUGGCUCGCUGGGAGAAGUAUGCGUUUGGCUGCAACGAGCUCAUGUUCCAUCCUCUCAAGAAAUGGCCUACACGCGGCCCCAUCACCCCGCUCUUCCGCGAAUUCAUCUGCUCCGGUAUCGACUUCCCCAAGAAGGUCAGUGUGUGCGCCUACAUUGGAACGUACUACGCCAUCGCUGCGGCCUGGCCGCUCACUGUCGCCAACUAUUUCAUCACUGGUUGGUUCUUUGGCCUGUAUGACAAGUACUACCUGGACUCGUUCGCCAUCUACAUCUCGGUUAUUGUUGUCUUCACGGCUUUCGGAAACAUUGCCCUGGCUGCUCUUCGCUACCGGUUGACAAAGCAGAACAUUAUUGGUCUUUACCUCGAGAAUCUCAAGUGGGUUCCAAUGUUCACCAUCUUCCUCGGCGGCCUGUCUCUGCACGUCUCUCAGGCCAUCCUGUGCCACUUUGUCGGCAUCGACAUGACCUGGGGUGCCACUGCAAAGGAAAUCGAGGACGUCAACUUCCUCGAGGAGAUCCCCCGCCUGGUCCGCCGCUUCAAGGGCACAUUUUCCUUCUGUGCGCUCAUGACGGCGCUCAUGAUCUGCGGCAAGUGGGCGUUCCCGAUGGAGUGGCAGAUCACGUACUUUGCCUCCAUCUUCCCGCUGGCCAACCUGGUCGUCAGCCAUUUCCUCCUGCCCAUUGCGCUCAACCCUGCCCUGAUGGUCUUUGCGUGGUAG